UACUCAUCCUCAACUUGAACUCUGAUCUAUCCCUUCAUCAUGUCCUCAACAUACGGUCAACAAUGCGCAUCAACAAAUCGCCAGAAACUGCUGCGAAAUCUUCAAGCAGCCGGUGUUAGCGGCGUGGUCUAUCUUCGGGGCAUGGAAACAACCGAACGAAAAUGGACUGACGCUGAAAUGCCCUUCAGACAGGAAAGCAAUUUCUUUUACCUUACAGGUGCCACGGAAGCAGACUGUCACUUCAUCCUUGACAUUGGCACGAGUGAGAACCAUCUGUUUAUUCCCAAGUAUGGAGAGGACUAUGCCUUGUGGUGUGGCAAUCCUCCGACUGUUGCGGAUGUGAAGGCUAAAUACGGAGUAGACCACGCUGGGACUGCCGAGGAUAUUUUGAGGGUAUUAGAGAAGCUGAAUCCGGGAAAGGUUCAUAUCCUUGACCAAGAGCAGAAUCUGAGUGCUCUGGGAGACUGGAAAGGAAAGGCGGACAAGGGUUCUUUGAAAAAAGCCAUAAUUGAUGCACGCGUCAUCAAAAGCGAAGCCGAAAUUGCAUUAAUGCGGAAAGCUGCCAAAAUCAGCGGGGACGCCCACAUUGCAUUGAUGAAAGCCGUUCGACCUGGAAAGGACACCGAACGUCAACUCCAUGCGUUAUUCGAAUACGAAUGCUUCCGCAACGGUGGCCGCUUCCAAGCGUAUACACCAAUUGUUGCAUCAGGCCGAAAUGGGAGCGUCCUCCACUACGUCAAUAAUACUGACCCUGUCACCUCUGAGAAGAGAGAUAUGCUUUUGGUGGAUGCUGCUUGCGAGUACGAAUGCUACGCUGCGGAUAUCACCAGGACGUACCCUGUCGGAGGCAAGUUUGAAGGAGAUUGGAAGACUACAUAUGAGAUUUGUUUAGACAUGCAAAAGGCCGUGUUGCGGGCUAUCAAAGCCGGAGUGGAAUGGGAAGACAUGCACCGUCUGGCGAAUAAAGUCGCCGCGGAAGGCCUCUUAAAAGCGGGCAUCGCCAAAGGCACACUCGAGGACCUCCUUGGCAACCACAUUCCAAACAUCUUUUUUCCACACGGCCUGGGGCACCUUAUUGGCCUUGACGUUCACGACGUUGGAGGUUACCCCGAAGGCGUGUCGCGCAUCCCAGAACCUGGCCUACGGUACCUUCGUAUGCGCCGAAAGUUGGAAGCAGGCAUGGUAGUCACCGUGGAACCAGGGAUCUAUUUCGUUGAUCCCAUACUGGAUGCUGCCCUGGCCAACCCUACUCAACGACAAUUUUUGAACGUGGAGGUGUUGGAGAGGUUUAGGCGGAAUGUUGGAGGUGUGAGGAUUGAGGAUGAUGUUGUAGUUACAGAGGAUGGAAUUGAGAAUCUGACGGGAUGGGUGCCAAAGGAGAUAGCGGAUAUCGAAGCCGUUAUGGCUGGAGCGAAAUGAAGAUUUUGAUAUAUUUCGACAACGGCAGUUUAGAAUCUCACAAUGCUUAACCAGCAAUUUGAAUGCAUGAGUGGUGACCUAUUACGCAUUACUGCGAUUUCUAUGUCUAGAGAGGAUAUCAAGUCUAGAGUUGGGUUUCCUUACCGGUAGAUGAUCAAUAAUGUACUUAGAUAGGGACGUGCCAUAAUAGCGCAUUCAUCUUUGAACACUCUUUUGAAGUGUUUGAGGCUACUUUUGUGCCGCCCA